AUGCAGGAUGAACAUCGAAAAGCUAUACAAAAUAACUUUGGUUCCUUAGUGGAGCAGACCGAUCUUGACGUCAUGGUUUCAGCCCUUUAUGAAAAAGGAGUGUUCUCCGAACAGAUGAUCGAACCGUUCAAAGACACUAACAAAGACACAAGGACUAGAAAGCGCCAGUUGUACAUGGAUAUAAUGAGAAGAGGGCCUGAAGCUUUUGGACAUCUACUAGAGACACUAGAAGAAAAUGGCUAUUGGAAUCUUGUACGAGAAUUGGACCCAUCCAGCUCUCUACAUCUGCAGCCAAGGAUCUCUUACAGUAACCAAAAUACAAAAUCAGGAGAGAACAGUUAUGUUAGUAUACGGACAGAGAAGAAGAGAACCAAAUCAAAUGUAGAAGUCAAUAAAAUCCAAUCUAAUUCUGAUCAGACAGAAACUGCACCACCAGAAAGUAAUAAAGAUACAAUGGACCCAUCCGGUGACAUUCCAUACUUCCACGUAGUUAAGUCUACUAAGUUCUUUGAGGACAAUGAGGACAAAGAUAUAAAGCUGUAUAAAACAAGGGGACGGCAGCGCGGCAUCUUGGUAAUUUUCAGUUAUAUCCAGUUCUGUAAUGACAUAGAGAAGUAUCGCAAGGGAGUCGAUAUCGACUGCAAGAAGCUCAAGUACUUGUUUCACGAGAUCGGCUUCUCUGUCAUUGCCUACCAAGAUCUCACUAAGCCAGAGACGGAGGGGACGCUGAAGCGCCUGGGGGAGGUACUGGUGGGUACGGAGUGCGUGUUCAUCGUGGUCUCCUCGCACGGAUACGAACGCGCGCCGCGCUCCUCCGAUACCGACAUCCGCUGUUCCGACGGCAACCUCAUCUCAUUCCUGGACAUCGUGGACCGCUUUAGCAACGCCAACUUCCCAGCGUUGCGCGGCGUCCCCAAGGUGUUCAUCUCGCAGCUGUGCCGGGGGCGCAACGAGGAAUGGGUGAUGGUGCCGCAGUGGCGGCGGGCGGGCGAGGGGGGAGAGGGCGAGGGCCGGGCGGCGGGGCGCCCCCCGCACGCCCCCGGCGGCGUGGAGAGCGACGGCGCACGCUGGGCGGAGCGCCGGGACCUGCAGCUGGACCGCGUCUACUCCGACAUCAUCAUAGCUCACUCCACCGUACCCGGCUAUGUAUCCCACCGAGACCCGGAGAAGGGCUCGUGGUACAUCCAGGCUCUGUGCGAGGUGUUCGCGGCGCGGGCGCACGACUGCCACGUGGAGAAGCUGUUGACCCUCGUGGACGAGCGCAUGCACCGCGAGUUCGCCGUGCAGACUUCCUCCGUCGAAAAGUGGGGCUUCAACCGACGCCUCUACCUGCACCCGGGACUCUACGAAGACUGA